AUGUCCGUGUUCCACCCCUUCGUUCGACUGCCGGCAGAACUCCGAUUGCAAAUCUGGCAAGCGGCAUGUUUCCGACCCAGCCCCUCGGAUCGCCGCAUUCAGUAUGUCACCGCCCAAGAUGAAGAGACAGUAGUCCCCUUGCCCUGCAAUUGGCAUCAAUCUCGACAGGGAAUCUCUCGACAGGGAAUAUCUUCAGGAGACAAAAAUAGGUCUGCCUAUUUAAUUGAUGGCGGCCUCUGGAAAGCAUGCAAAGAAUCGAGAGACGUUAUCGCCCAAUACUCACACUUUCACGAUUGGGUCAGAAUUCUGAAGCAAGCCUGCGUCAAUUAUGACAACUUCGAAUAUUACCCUGCAGACUGGGCUGGGGGAGAAAAGUCUUCUCGCCCUGCAAUCAUUAAGACAUGCGAAGGCGAAGAAGAGUGUUGUAUGCUUGUCUACCCUGCCAUAGACAUCUUUUGCAUCCAGGUGGACGAACAGUACACUCGGGAACGAUCGCAGUCUGGCCCGGAAUUAGAAAUGUCGCUCAUUCGUGACAAUAAGCAGAUUGAGGAUAUAUUCAUGGCAGAGGUUACACUCCAGAAUAUUGCGCUCGAGUUUGAUGGCAGCUGGCUUGUGGAUAUCCCAGCAUCUAUUUCGUCCCCGACGGAUACAAAUCCUACGCGAGAGUACUUCCGUUAUCUACUUCUCAAACAUUGCGAAUAUCGGCAUGGUAUUGAUGCACUAUGGAUCAUCGACAAAGAAACCAAGUGGUUUGACAAGGAUUUUAGACACCAUGAUACGGUUUAUUGGGACUGCGACACGGAGUAUGUCGAGGUCGACUGGCACCACGUCGUUACCUAUUGUAACGGUGGACGAUGGUGUAGUGCUUCGGGAUUCAUGUGGCGGAUCAAAGAUUGGCUGGAGGAUUUUAGUGACGUAUAUGAUUCGGAUGAACCGCGCCCUAAAGACAUGUUUAGGCUCCUUGUCCGUCGAGACAACGAGAUGCAGGAUCCCAGAAUAGGCGGGGAGUGGGAAUUCUGGCAUGAUCACCGUUACGGCUGGGGCCUUUAUGUGGAGGCGGAUGAGAAGUCGGAUGAGGAGUUGGACGAGGAAGAAGAUACUAAUGCGAGCUCUCAUGAGUCGACGCUUGAGGAUAAUUGA